AUGUUCUUCCUACUCUUGCUUGUCCAUCUAUUCUCCGCAUCAAGAGCUCAAUCUUCUUCAUCAAACAUCACCAUAGGCUCAACUCUUUACACAAACUCAUCAGCUCCAAGCUUCUGGCCUUCUCCUUUCGGCCAUUUCGCCUUUGGAUUUUACCCUUCUGGCAAUCGCUUCACGGUUGGCACAUGGCUUGUUGGCACCCCAACAAACACUAUCAUAUGGAGUGCACUAAGAAAGGUCCCAGAGAUCUCAUCCGGUGCAACCUUGAAUUUCUCCAUGGAUGGAAAGCUCCUUCUUCAUAGAGCCAUCGGUGAAGUCCAGGCAAUAAUUGAAAACAAUCCGAAAGCAUCAUAUGCUUCCUUGCUCGAUUCAGGUAAGUUCGCACUGUAUGACUCGAAUUCAGAACUUGUGUGGAACAGUUUUGAUCAUCCCACCGAUACCCUUUUGGUGGGACAAAAGCUAGUUCAAGAUAGCUCUCUAUAUUCAAGUGUCUCGGCAACCGAUCAAUCCAUUGGAAAGUUUAAGCUAUCAAUGCAAACAGAUGGAAAUCUCAAUGCAUUUCCAGUAGAAAGUAUUCCUGAAGGCAAAUAUGUGUACUGGUCAACAGACAUUCGCGGUGCAGGAGGAAAUGUGUCACUAAAUUUAGCCCAAGACGGCCUUAAUGUUUCUACCUUGUUUCGUGCUACAUUUGAUGUCGAUGGUGUUCUAAGACUAUACCAGCAUCAAAUUGGGACUAAUGGGAGCUUGAACUCGAAGCCAUCAUGGGAAAUGCUCGUUGAUGAAGAUCGUUUUUUGGUGAAAGGUGCUUGUGGCUUGAAUAGCUACUGCACUCUUAAUCGUGCUGAUAUUACCUUCGAUUUUGUUGAUGGUAAGCAGCCUCAAAAGGGCUGCCUUCUGAACUUCACCAUGGAAAAUGAUUGCUCUGAGAGCAAGAAAAACAACGAAGAAUAUUACAUUUAUUCUUCUCUAGAACACACUUCUUGGGAACGCACUGAGUUUGAUGGAAAGGAAUCUGUCAGCGAAGCAGCUUGUUUGAAGGACUGCAAUCGUGCGGUGGCGGAGUUCAGGAACCAGUUGUGCUUUAAGCACAAGCUUCCAUUGAGAUAUGGAAGGAAAACUAGUAAAACGGUUUCUAAAACUCUGAUCAAGAAUAGAAUCGGUGGCGGCAAUCUUCAAAAAAGAGAAAUGAGUUCAGUGAAGACAGUAAGAUGA